UAUUAUUGUGUGUGUGCUGCAGCAACAAACAUCACGAUGACGUGACAUCAGACUCUUUGUGCCAGAAAACCUGUUUAUGUAUGACGAUUGAUAAUAUUCAAAUUUCCUCAGUGCAGCGUGAGUUAAUUUAAAUAUUUCCCACGGAAGUUUGCAUGACCAGUUCGACCCUACUUAAACAGGGCUCGUAUUUUUAUCCAAUAUUUAUUAGCGUUUAUCAGCAAUCGCGUCACGCACAAUAAACGAUGAACUGCACAACCUAAAAUGCUUUUCGACUUAAUUUAACGCGCCGUUUCUGAAGUUCCAGCCGAUGACGUUACUUGCUUAUAGAUCUCCUUGUGCUGUGUAAUAGGUGCUGUUCGCGUUUGGAGUGUUAUCAGUGCAAUUUGGCCAGCGACGUGCAAUUAGUGGCUCCGGGGAGCGGAGAAGCUUCGCACGGCAGCAUUCAUUUGAACCAUUUAUUGAGAAGACUAGGGCUGGGUCGGUAGUUCCGCUUCCCCUUCGCCAUAGCGGAAUGAUCCAGGGGCCUAAAAGAUAGAAAGAAAAGCAGCAUUGUAAAUAGUUGAAGUCCCAUUUUACUAAGUUAUUUGUACGCGGCAUGUACUAUUAAGGCCCGAUGCUGCGACGGAAGCGCUUUUGAAGGAUUUCCAAAGGUUUUCCAGGCCGUCGAGGAGCCGAGCUUUAUUCAAGUUUAACUGCUGUGGGAUCUCCGGUACCUGGUACAUUCUCACCUGCUUUCAUCUUCUGCACAUCUUCCUGUAGUGCACACGCGCUGAUGUAAGCGCAGCUCUGUGUCUUCUGUCCUCUCCCGCUGUCUUCCCCCUGGUCCCAUUAGCUGUGUGUGGCUCACCACAACCUCAUAGCGAUGUGCGAUAACGGUGACACUGAGGAUAAGCCCCCUGCCCCCCCAGUCAGAAUGAGCAGCACCAUCUUCAGCACGAGCUCUGGUAAAGACUCGCUCUCAGCCAACCACAGCUCCAAGCCUCUGCCCUCCGUGCCUGAGGAGAAGACGCCUCGCAACAAGAUCUUUUCUAUCUUCUCUGUGUCUGAAAAAGGUGGUAGAAAGAAGGACAAGGAUAAAGAGAGACCAGAGAUUUCACCACCUUCAGAUUUUGAACACACCAUACACGUGGGGUUUGAUGCUGUCACAGGGGAAUUCACUGGUAUGCCGGAGCAAUGGGCUCGACUACUGCAGACUUCAAACAUCACAAAGUCUGAGCAGAAGAAAAACCCACAGGCUGUUCUUGAAAUACUCAAGUUCUACGACUCCACGGGCAACGGCCGUCAGAAGUACCUCAGCUUCUCAUCUCCUGAAAAAGACGCACUCACUCCAGGGCCUCAGUCUCCUGUCAAAAAAGGCAGUGAACCUUCAUCUCCAAAUAUCAAAGACAUUGAUGACGAUGACGAUGAUGAAGCUCCUCCUCCUGUUGUUGCACCGCGGCCAGAACAUACGAAGAGUGUGUACACUCGCUCUGUUAUUGACCCCAUUCCUGUUCCAACUGUGUGUCCUGAUGGAGACGCUGCCUCCAAGGCUGCAGACAGACAGAAGAAGAAGAGCAAGAUGUCAGAUGAGGAGAUCAUGGACAAACUGAGAACUAUAGUCAGCAUUGGCGAUCCCAAGAAGAAGUACACAAGAUAUGAGAAAAUUGGCCAAGGAGCUUCAGGAACAGUAUUCACAGCCAUUGAUGUUGCCACAGGACAGGAGGUUGCCAUCAAACAGAUCAACCUACAAAAGCAGCCGAAGAAGGAGCUUAUCAUUAAUGAGAUUCUAGUGAUGAAGGAGCUGAAGAAUCCCAACAUUGUCAACUUUUUAGACAGCUUCCUGAUGGGGGAGGAGCUGUUUGUGGUGAUGGAGUACCUGGCUGGUGGUUCGCUUACAGAUGUGGUCACAGAAACCUGUAUGGAUGAGGCUCAGAUCGCUGCUGUCUGUCGAGAGUGUUUACAAGCGUUGGAUUUCCUACAUGCAAACCAGGUCAUUCACAGAGACAUCAAAAGUGAUAACGUGUUACUGGGGAUGGAUGGCUCUGUUAAGCUCACUGAUUUUGGCUUCUGCGCCCAGAUCACGCCUGAACAGAGCAAACGCAGCACCAUGGUAGGCACACCCUACUGGAUGGCUCCUGAGGUUGUGACCAGGAAGGCUUAUGGGCCUAAAGUAGACAUUUGGUCAUUGGGUAUUAUGGCUAUCGAGAUGGUUGAAGGAGAGCCUCCCUACCUUAAUGAGAACCCACUACGUGCAUUGUACCUGAUUGCUACAAACGGCACACCUGAGCUUCAGAACCCUGAAAAGCUGUCUCCAGUUUUCAGAGAUUUUCUCAACCGUUGCCUGGAAAUGGAUGUUGAGAAACGAGGCGGAGGAAAAGAGCUGCUCCAGCACCCUUUCCUGAAGCUGGCAAAGCCACUCUCCAGUCUCACACCUCUCAUCCUGGCAGCCAAGGAGGCCAUGAAGGGCAAUCGUUAGCACGUUAAAUUAGCUACCCUGCCUUCCCAAGAUGCUGUGCACAGAUAUGUGCCAACCAUUUAGAUUUUGUGCCAGACAAUAGGCUGACAGUGACUUGCCACUGUUGAUGCAGCAGCCUUGUAAGCCCUGACAAACCUCACUGUGAAGAAGACCAAAAAUGUAGAGCACAACCCCACCGCUGUCCACAUGAACUCUGUUUUCACUCAGACGUCAGAAGACAAGUCAAACUAAAGUGCUUAGUUUUAGAGUCAGGCAUAAUUAUUUUGUACAACAGAUCUCCGGGUGACAAGGCUAGGCUUGUAUUUAACUUGGAAUGAAGAAAACGCCUAGUUCUGUUUUAGUUUUUAUAAUCAACUGCCUUAAACAAAUGCAAAAUGUUGCCUAAUGUAUUGCUGAUUAUGUCAGUGUCUCUCUACCCGUGAUUUUUACUACCUUUGUAAUUUACCUUGUCAGCUUGUCAGUGUCUUAGUUAUUUUGAUACUUGAAUUUCAGAUUUGUGCCCCUUCUUGUUAUAUAAUGGGUCUACUUCAAUGAACACUCUUAUUUCCACAUCGACUCAUGUUUUAUGGACUUCUUCUUAGAACAGUUUUAUAGGAAACAUUUCAGUGCAUUUGUCAUCAUUGUAUUCUGUGGUUGUCCUCGUUUCAUUGCCACACCUGCCGAGACUUACUGUAUCAGUUGUUCCCCUGUAGCAUUCGUAUCCUGAUACCAGAGAUGCACCUUACAGGAAAAGUGUUAGAUUGACAGGGUUUAUACUUUCUUCUGUUAUUAAAAUGAGUAUUGUAUGUUG